GCCUCCAGCCAGUCCAUAUGAAAGAUGUAGUGUAGCUUUUGUUUGGUAAGUAGAAGGGAUGGGCUGUCCGUAGAGAGCCAUUGGUGUAACAUUGCCUUUCUAGAUGCUGCUGCCAAUCGGGUCGCUAGGUGUUUCUCUUCCCUAGUUACAUUUGUAUAUUGCUUCACCGAGCUAAACAUUGCCCAUUCUAUAGUGGGUUGAAUCGAUUUGUUAGUUAUCUGCGUCCAGUAAGAGGAGACAUCCUGCCAAAAGUCUGUAAUUUUGGGGCAAAACCAGAACAUGUGCGAGAGAUCUGCUUCGGGGGCUUGACAGCGAGUACAACCAUCCGAGGGGAGAUUUCCCAUUUUAUAACGUCUUUCGGGGGUUAAAUAUGAAUUAUGGAGAAUCUGUAUGGUCAUUUGCUGAUAUCGACUGGCUGGGAGCAACUUUAUCAUUCGGACGUGGAGAUUGAAGGUGUCCGUGGGGUUCAUUUGUGGCCUGCAAAAUUGGGUUGGACAUGCCUAUAGGAGAUUUCGCAUUUCCCAGCCAGAUGCAGUCGUCCUUGUUGGUGACCUGAAUGAGACGAGGCCCAUGGACCAACUUCAGGGGUCACCAAACAAUUCCUCCCAGGAUUUCCACUCUGAUGAGGACGGGUGGCAAAACUCAGUGAUUAUCAUUCCGGUUCUGCUCACGGGUGCAACGCUCCUGGUGGUACUGAUUAUUCUUUGGAAAUCUCUUCGGAACCGGAGCAAGAAAAUACAUUGUGAUUCUACAGCCCCAGGUGAGGCCUAUGGAGAAUGGGCCAUCAAUGCUGCUGCUGUCUAUGAGAAUAUUCCUGGCUUCCCAGACUCUGAGCUGCAGAGGUGGGAGCUGCCAGAUGGGUGGACAAUUGAGGACAAGGUUAAAAUAUGUCCCGGACAGUUUGGGCGCAUCAGUGAAGCCUUCCUGAAGGAACCGGGGGAAACCAAUGUGAGACAUAGAGUGGUCCUCAAGGAGCUCUCAGAGAACUGCAGUCCUGGAGAGGCUCAGGACUUCACUGAUGUCAUACGGUUUUACUCUCAGGUCUGUAACCACGACAACCUGCUGAAAAUGAUUUGGUGUAGAACCUCUGGGAAUCCAAUUUACAUCAUCCUCAAAGCAAUGACCCUCGGAAAUCUGCUUCACUUUCUCUGGAGAUCACGUGAGGCCGACCUCGCUGCUAAGGAUCCUCUUUACAACAUCACAGAGAAAAAGGUCUUCUCAAUGGCUGCCCAAGUAGCAAGUGGUCUGGAGUACCUGACAGUUACACACAACCUGGUCCAUGCCAACGUGGCAGCUUACAAUGUGUUGGUUCACGAAGACAUGAGUAUCCAACUGUGCGGUCUGGGCAUGGCGGCCAUCAUGCAUAGGACCGGCUCCAUUCCUGAGCGGAGAGCUGCCCAAGUCCCUCUGAAAUGGCAGGCACCAGAGAGGCUGGCACAGGGUGGCAUCACAGAGAAGAGUGACGUGUGGGCAUUUGGCAUUUUGCUGUAUGAGAUGGUCACUUUAGGAGCUCCUCCUUACCCUGAUCUUACCCGCUCCCAAGUGCUGCCCAAACUGGAGAAAGGGCACCGCAUGGAAAGGCCAACCCAGUGCAGUAAUGGCCUGUAUGAGCUGAUGGGCAGCUGCUGGCGCCGGAAUCCAGCCGACAGACCUGCUUUCACUGAGAUCAUGAAAUGGUUAAACCAACAUGGAGACCAAGCUGACGGGCACACGUCACUGACUGCCCCUGGCACUAUUAGCCACAGUGACUACCUGCUCAUGGCCGGGAUUCCUUCCUGACGGCCCAAGACUGGCAGAGAAGCCACUCACCUGCACUGGAAGCCCCGGGGUGUGAGUGACUGUGGGGUGAGGAGCCCCCUCGCUAUUGUCUUACCCUUGCCCCGGGCACAUCACAAAGGAAUGAUCUCAGGGCAACAUCCAGUGGCAUCACCAUUGUGCCCUCAGGAUUCGAGUCAAUCAACAUGGCAGCAGCUAACUCCGGUAUAUCACAUUGGAUGGAAGAAAACCUGACGCAUUUCACAGCAAUCUGGUUGACACAGGAGACCAAAGAGCAUCACCGUUUAUUUCUCUUUAUUCACAAAGACCCAAUGUAAUAAUAAAUAAACUCAUUUACAUUUA